CGGAGUCCCGCCCGAGGGGGGCUUCAGGAAAGACCAGCCGGAGGCUUCCGCGAGCUUCCAGCUGCCCAGACUAAGCCUCCCGCGCCCCUCUCCCGGCGCUCAGACUGGGCUGCUGGGCGGCAGAGGGGGCUGAGGCCGCCGGUGCCCCGAAGGGGAGCAGCGGAGCCUCCGGUGCCCUGGGCAGGAAGGGGAAUCAGGCUGCCUCCCAGCAGGUGGGCACGACCCGCUCAGCCCAGUCCAGCCCUGCCCGUCUUUGCGCGUUUCUGUUGCACCCGGGCCUGUAUGCCCUAGAGUGGGGAAAACCGUCCUUUCCUCCCGAGACCGAAGCUGGCAGCCUGUCCCUUUCGCCAGAGGGCUGGGGGGAUUCAGCCCCAUUGCUGUCUCCCUCUCGCCUCUCUUGGCCAGAUGUGGGGGUGACCGCCUGCAGGAAUCGUGCGCUGGCUGAGCUUCAGGAGCGCAGAGGCCCACCAGCCGCCUCUCCCAGCUUCAAGAUGAACCGCGGCGCCCUGCUGCAGGACGAGUACCGCCGGUGCUUGGAGAGGGACUUCCACAGGGGCCACGUUGGAGCCUGCAGUGACGCGUCCCUGAAGGAUUUGCUGCGGCAUCACCUGCUGGAGGACUCGGAGCUUCACUGCAGCCUGGAUGGGGAGGACACCUUUGCCACGCUGGCCGCUGCCUUGCGGGGACACCUGGAUCUGAGAGGGGCCCUCCGGGAUCUCGGCAGGGCCUUUGAGGUGCUGGAGCUGGCAGCUGUCAAUCUGUACUUUUUCCCUUGGCGCAAAGAAUUUGGCACCAUUAAGACCUUCUCGGGGGUCUACGUUCACGUCCUUCAAGGGGUCCUGCCAGAGGCAGACCUUGCCCGGAGUUUCCGCCGACUGGGCUACGUACAGCAGGAUCAUCUCCACCUGGUGAAUUCCCGGCUACCGCCGGGUGCCAACCUGCUCUCUGCAGCUUGCUGCUUUUUUGCAGCCCGGGUGGAGUGCGAGAUCUUGGCAAAAAUUGUGGAGGAACUGGAGCCGAGAGUUGUGCCACCCGACGAGCUGCUGAUGGCUCGCAAGGAGGCAAAGGGCAGUCUGGAGAGGUGCGUUGCCAAGCUGCAGAGCCUGGCGCGGUGGCCGCGGAGCCGCGAGGUUCGCCCGGAGCCCAGUGACGGGCUCGAUCUCUACCGGGAGAGUCCCGAAGGGCAGAGCCCCUACGGGGAGCCCUCAGGAGGCCGGCUGUUGUCCCGGGAGCCCGCCCCCCUCAGUGAGUGCGGCAGCCCCCGGCUGCUGAGGCGGGAGCAGCCCCCGUGGAGCCCCCAGGCACUGGUGGAGAGCAGGAGUGAGCCCUCCUGGACCCGGGAGCCCUCCUGCGGCAACGGACUCCUGGCCUCGGAGGGCCCUGACCUCGCCACCUCCUUCUCGUUCAUCUCCUUGAGGCGCGAGCUCAGCAGGACUGCUGAGAUGGACUUCCCUGCCCAGCUGGGGAAUCCGUUCUUGGCCCCCAGCAUUCCCCAUGAGAGCCCCGCCCUCCAGGCACACGGGGCGGGCGGUCCAGCCUCUCCAUCCAGGCAGCCCAGGAGCCUGCGCCACACUCAGGGGCUUGGCAUGGGGGCAGCCGCUGAGCCGGUCCACUACCAGAUGCAUUCCUGCCUGCUCCCGGGGGCCCUCCCGUGCUCCUGCUGCAACACCUGCAGGCUGCUGCAUGGCAGCAGCUGCGACGGGGCUCAGAUCUGCCGGAACCACCACCACGUGGAAGAGCUGCAGAGCGAGAAGCAGCAGCGCCUGUGGCUGCAGCGGACGGAGGUGGACAGGCUGCUGCACGAGGCAGGGGGGCCCUGGCAGUAGGUCGAGAGCCCG